CAGAAGCAAGUUGGAAGAAUGGAUGAAGACUUCAAAGCCCAGGCACUUGACUCCACUCUGCAGAGUCCAUCGGAGACGUUACUUUCCAUUCGACUGUUGGACUUCAAGACGAGUUUGUUGGAGGCAAUAGAAGAGCUGCGGAUCAGAAGGGAAACAGAGACUAAUUAUGAAGAUCAAAUAAAUAAAAUUGUUGUAGAGAAACAGGAACUUGAAUGGCAGAAGGAGACUCUGCAGCAUCAGACAGACACGUUGCAGCAGCAGAACAAAGAAGCUAUGGCAGCUUUUAAAAAACAGCUACAGGCAAGGAUGUUUGCCAUGGAAGAAGAGAAGGGAAAAUACCAACUUGCUGUAGAAACAAAAGAAAAAGAGAUUGAUGGACUGAAAGAAACCUUAAAAGCAUUACAGAUUUCAAAAUACACUUUACAAAAGAAACUGAAUGAAAUGGAUCAGAAAUUACAGAUGCACCUGACAGCGAAAGAGGAGCAUCAUAAGAAGCUGAACGAAGUCGAGAGGUGUUAUGCUACUAUUGCAUCUCAGUUUGGAGUCAUAAAGGGGGUCCAUGGAAAACUAGAGCACAGUGUGCAGGAAGCCAUACAGCACAAUAAGAAGCUGUCAGCAGUGAACAGAAGACAAGAGACUGAAAUAAGUAAUCUGAAGGAAGAACUGAAGAAAGUAACUACAGACUUGAUAAGGUCCAAGGUCACAUCUCAGUACAGGGUGGGAGAAGAAAACAUCAAUCUUGCAGCGAAGGAAAAACAGUUUCAAGAACUGCAGCAAAAAAUCAGAAUGGAGACUGCAGUUAGUAAAAAAAUUCAAGAAGAAAACAUUCACAUUAAAGAAGAAAAGCUGGAAAUUCUCAGCUCUCUCCAGUGUGUGCAGGAGCUCCUUCAGCGAAUAACCCAAACAAAUGCCAGAAUGGAAAGUGAAUUAAAUGCACUGAAAGAGGAAUAUCAGGCCCUUGAAAGAGAUAAUGAGCUGCAAAGGGAGAAGGCAAAGGAAAAUGAAGAAAAGUUCCUUAAUCUUCAGAAUGAGCAUGAGAAAGCACUAAGAACUUGGAAAAAAGAUGAGGAAAACAUGAGAAGAGAAAUAGAUACUAUUAAAAAUGAGCUGAAUUCCCUUAAAGGACUUCAUGGACAUCCUGAAGAUUAUCAUCCUCCUCAGGGAAAUCAGCAUUCUGAGCAAGUGGAAAAUCUGCAGAUGCAUUCAGCAGUUCAGCCCAUGCCAACAAACAUGAGUGGUCAAGAACAAUCAAAAGACAGUGAAAUACAGGCUAUUCAGAAAGAAAAUGAGUUCAUACAAUCUGUAAUAAGAAAAUAUGGUAAUUGUGGACGUGAAGAAGAAACUGAAGUAAAAACCACAAGAGACCACUCUUCAAACACUGAGGAAUUACAGACAGAACAAAAUUUACAAGUUCUUGAAAACAGUUCUAAGGAUGAAAUUAAUGUUGCUAGUGCUUGUGAAGAAAAGCAAAGGGAGGCUUCUCCCAGGAAUACCCUCUGCACAGAUACUGAUUUAAUUACCCAAGGACAGAGCUUGGAAAUGCAUGUCACUGGGAGCAAAGAGGCAGAAAAUCCAGGAGCAACACAGAGAAUGUUAGUGGAUGAAAACAACACAAAUUUAGAACAAAAGCCACAGGCCAGCACUGAGCCAUUGGCAGGAGGCCACACGCAAAGAAAGGCCUUUUUAGACAGUACUGAGCCUGUAGGUGCUGACAAGAAAAAUGGGAAUCAGGAGACCAGCUCCAGCAAGCAAGAACUGUGCAAUGCUACAGCUGAAUCAACUUCUGCUAAGGCAGACACAAAAUCAGACAGCAUACAACACAGCAAAAGUGUCCUUACACCUGAAGCUUUCAGUCCUGAGCCUGAAGUGGUUCUUUGCACUGAGAAGAACUCUCUGUGUGAGAGAAGUACAGGUGACCAUCAAGCCAAGGAGUUAAGUUUUGGCAUCCUGCCUUACACUAAAGAAAGUUCUCAAGCAGAUUACCAAAAAUGUAGCUUGCUGACCAGUGACAAUUAUGUGGGCAACAGAUUACAUAGAACAGAAAAAAACUUAAAUUGGAGUGGUUUCCAUAAACUUCCUCUUAAACAGAUACAUGCAGAUGCUGAAGACAGAAAUGAUGCCAGAAACAUAAACACAAAUGGUGCACUGGGGAGCAGUGGAGUUCCAGCAACUGAUGCUCAAAAUCUGCCAACUGUGUGUGGUGAUAAUGCAAGUGGUGAUGACGCUGUGAAAGAACACAGUGACAAUAUGUCUGCCUUAGCUACUUUCAAUUUAUGCCCCCCAAAAACUGAACGAGGAAUAAAUGCAGGUGACAUGCCCAGCAAGCAGCCCCAACAAGACACUACUAAACAAACAGGGAAUGCUACAAAUACAAGCACGUCCAGUGCUGAAACCACACCUCCAGUAAAGGCUGAUGGUCUUGAAAUUGCUCAUAAAAAACCCCCAACAGAUAGAGCUGGUACAGAUAAACUAAUUCCAUGCAAAACAAUUAAUGAUGAUACUCAGAUACACUCCAUCAAAAGUGGACAUUCCCUGGAGAUUAAUAAUUCAACAAAUAACACAUUGUUAAAAGAGAAAAAAGACUUGCUGAACAGUACAGUUCCAGGAAGGAAGUUUGCUGAGGGUCACCUGAAAGAAUCAUGCUCUUUACCCAUGAGAACAUCUGGAAAUUUAGUAAACAUAAGUGGAAGGUCAUCCUUUGAUCUUUCAACCUCAGAUAAAAAAGCUGAGAAAACUCCACUAUACUUCAAUUUUUUAGACCUCGUUUCUUGUUCAAGAGUAAAUCAAAUGAGAGGUCAAGCUACAUGGACUUCAGCCUCCAAGGAACCUUCCCUUUUGAAACUACCAUGCUUGGUGGAAAACACAAAGGUUAUUUCAAAAACACAGUGUCAAAAUCUCAGUGAAAAUGUGGACACAGGAGAAGCAGGACAAGGUUCUACCAGUUCUAACAGAGCUACCAACACUUUGAAUACCUCUAAUAUCCACCAAGACCCCCAGGGAGACCCUAGUGAAGAAUGGAAUGCUAUAGCAAAGACUUUUUAUGAUUCCUCUUUUCCCACAGAACAUGUGAAAGAAGGAUUUACUGCUUUACAGCAGAAGCAGAAGUCUUCUCCCGUGACUGUAACUCCAGCAAGAAGUGAAAAAGCACCCAGAGAUGAGGACAGCUCUGCUCUUCAGAACUCCAUUAUACAAAGCCAAAUAGAGACUGAGAAAUUCCUGAAUUUGGAGAUACUUCAUUCAGCAAGAAAAAGAAAAUAUGAAGAAGGCCAGUGAAAAUGAGUGUCAGGAGAUAAGCAUGUCUUUUAGGCAUAGCCAGAUCACUUACCUAAACCACAUUUGUAGAGGUAUUCCUAUAGAAUAUGGUAUAUAUGUGUACUUUCACGUUUAAUACAGCAUAUAAACAUUUCUUUUGUUCAAAAAUUGAUACAGUUCCUACUAAUUAUGUUAGUUCUGUUUCUGCAAUCAAAUUCAAGUUACUAUUGGCUUUGCCCAAAGUUAAAAAGUUCCUAAGUUAAUGUUUUAAUAUAUGUUAAGUAAAAUUAAAUGACUGCUUAACUGUACUCUUUUCCUGUUGAGCAGAAGUUUUGGCUGAAAUAGUUCAAUUCAUUUUCUCUGCCAGACUGCUCAGUUUUCAAGCAAGAUCACAUUCAACUGUUUCAGAAUACAAUGGUUUCUACACUUACAACUAAUUCCAGCAGUUCUGAGUGGCGGAAGAACAGAAAACUCUUCUGCUUCCCUUUACUGCCAAAUUAUUUAAGCAUAUCUGUCCUAGUAGAUUCUGUAUCAAUAAGGUUUCUUUCAACACUGAAGCACCAGGUAUGAUUACAGAGAUAAGGCAGCAGAUCUGGCUUCAUAAAGCUUCACUUCUAACUGGGUCACUGUAGUGGGUUUCUCCUCCCUUGGAAGGGAAAUUUUCUCUUACUUUACAAUUACUUGCACUACAUUUUUUGGACCUCCCUCCCUUCCUCCCCACAACUCUUGCAAAGAAAGAUCCUCAUACUGUAAACCUAAACAUGAACAAAAGAACCAAUAUUGCCAGUUUGUUGCUGCUAAUUAUGUAAGAAAAUCAACAGAAGAUAUUUUCCCAUGGUAGUUUUAUUGCCUUUUUUUUUUGUGUUGCAAUUUAAAAUAUUUAGCUUGUUUAAACCAAUUGCAUACAUUUUUUAGAAACAUUUCACAAAUUGUCAAAGUUUUGAAUAAAAUU